AUGUCGUCAAACCCUCCUCCGUGGCGCCAACAAGGCCCCCUUAGUGGCACCACCUGUCCAGUCCACCACAACCACAACCACAGCCCCAACCCCAACCAAGAGGCCACGGGUCUGGAGCGCGGGACAAUCAUCCGCGGUGAGGUCUGGCAAUACCUCUUGAGCCUCAAGCCGGAUCUCGGACUGCCCCCAGGCGUGGCAAACAUCAAGGCCAUGCGCGACCUCCUCGCCCUUCCGCGCAAGCGCGACUUGCCCAAGACCUGGCAGACUCGACUGGCCCAGAAGGGAAUCACGGGUCCUAAAAUGUUGCGCCAGAUUGCCUCCUACCUCGUCUGA